UUAAUUCCCUCCUUUCAACAUAUAACUACUAAAAAAGCAGAUUCCCUCCUUCCUUCCUGUUUCAUCAAAACUCCUUUCUCCUCUUCAUCCAUGGCAGCCUCUUCGUCUCCUUCAUCUUCUCCUUCUUCUUAUUCGAGGAACAAGAAGUUCGUAAAGGCGUCGAUGGCAAUAGCAGACAUGGCCUCAUGGUGCUGCGCCUUUGUCAUCCUGGGCCUAAUUCUGGUGGCCUCUGUUAGAGACGAUCAAGCUGAUCAUGACCAGAGCUCAUCUCUCUCGGCCACCCUCAGAGGGAGCCAGUACUUGGACCGGCCGUGCGAUGAGAUUUAUGUGGUCAGGGAGGGCGAGACCCUCCACACGAUCAGCGACAAGUGUGGGGACCCUUUCAUCGUCGAGAGGAACCCUCAUAUCCAUGACCCAGAUGAUGUAUUCCCGGGUUUGGUAAUUAAGAUUACUCCCACGAAGAGCCGAAAGGCACUCCGGUGAUCUUUACGGGGAUAUUUAAUAGAUGCAGGGUGGAAUAAUCAGUUGCUCUGUAUGCAGCUGUAUAUGUCGAUUGUGCAAUUAUGUGAUGUGGCGGAGUUAGGCACACGACCAUAACUUGGAGCAUGCCGGCAGCCCGAUAACCUUUUAUACUAUACAGUCUCUCUUAAUUUUCUUGUUAUGCCAUAGUUUUAGAUCUCUUCCAGUGCCAGGGAGAUGUAAAGAUUGCCAGUUUUGUGGAUGUAUAGUUUGAUGCUUAUUAUGAGGACAAAUACCAGAGAACAGAAAUUAAAAGAAAUAGAAGAUACUGCGAAUCAUAGCAUAGAUAUAUAUAUA